AUGGCUGCCAGGAACCCUGGACCUGUUAUUCUCGACCCUCCAGUUGGAUUCCCUCCCUUUAAGAACUGGGUUCAGAGAGACCACAUAUCCCGUAGACUCUUUAGGGAGUCUGAAGUGAACACAAGGGUAUACAAAUAUGUUUAUAAAAAUUUUGGGUUAAAAGGACACAUUCCAAUCGAUAAUAAAGUUGGACUGUACAGGAUAAGGCUGAGGUGUAUAGGUGGUGGGUACGGAAGAGGGAUUUUCAGGUUUACCAGAAUGUCGAAAUUAGCAUUUCUACAAGUCGCAAGGGAAGGAUGGCUUAAAAAUUUCGGUUACAGGCCUGACCUUUUUAGGUAG